AUGGAAAAGUCAACCUCUGAGAAUAGAAUCCAAUUGGAGAUGAUCCAGCACAGGCCUUACACGCAGAAGGUUGAUGUGUACAGCUUCGGCAUCGUGCUGUGGGAGCUCUUGACCGGUAUGGUACCGUUUCAGAACAUGACAGCUGUACAAGCGGCGUUUGCGGUUGUGAACAGAGGAGUGAGACCAUCGAUCCCAAACGAUUGUCUUCCCGUGCUCACCAACAUCAUGACUCGUUGUUGGGACGCAAACCCUGAAGUGCGUCCACCAUUCACUGAGAUUGUGAUGAUGCUUGAGCGAGCCGAGGCAGAGAUCAUGAACAACAUUCGUAAAGCCAGGUUCAGGUGCUGUGUUCAACCUAUGACCAUUGACUGA